AUGCCCGGCAACAAGGCGAGCUUCCUUACACGAAAUGGCGGCCUAGACGGCCUCUCUGGCUCCGUACUCGAAUAUAAAACAAUCCAUAAGCCGUUUCACGGGUUGUACAUCCCCUUCAGCGACGGGGAAAGCGCAUAUGUGGGCAAGAAGUUCGUGCAGGCCGAGUGUGUCGCUGUCCUUGCGGUUUUAUUUAGACAGCAAAGGGUGAGUCUGGGACAGCUGCGUGGUGAGUGCCGUCAGGACGCAAGAGGAAGGGUUGGGAGGGCGCUGGGGGGUUGCUGGGCGCCGCUGACGCCGGGGAUGAUGCCCGAGGAGGUGCCGCUUGUUUUUGGGGUGACUGGUGAAUCUGCUACUGGUCGAUGA